GGACGAGUACAUUGAAAAAAUAAGAAAAUUAGAUAAUUGUGAUGAAGAACAGCUAAAAUCAAAGGCAGAGGAUUAUGACUCUAUCUACUUUAGCAAGGUAUGGACAUAAAAAUGCAAUAACUCAUUUUACUCUUAGGAAAUAUAUAGGUAAAACACAAAAACUCCUUGGAAAUGGAUUGCAUUAAAUUUGUGCAUACCUGUACCUGCAAAGUCCCCUCUAUUGAUAAACACAGGUGCCAAGGAAUUAGCUCUGUGCAUGUCAAAUUUUCCCGCUUUUGUUACUUUUGUCAUGAUCAUGGGAAAAUUGUGCGAUUAGCGACCUGACUACAGGUAUAUUAUCUAAUUUAUCUUUGCUUUGCAGUUCACUAAUGAAUGUGCUAGAAUGGCGGUUGGCUGCACACUUGCUGUACUCGAUGACGUCAUGGCAGAAAACGUGAGUUUAUUCAUUUUCAGGUCGAAUUGCUUUCAUUUUCUGGUCCAAAAACAUGCAUCUUACUUUUGUUUCUUUUUUAUGGCUAGUCUCGAAAUGGUGUUGCGAUAACAAGGUACGUAAUGACAUGUCCAACGAGCAAGAAUGUGAACCGUUCUAAAGCUCUACGAGUUAACUUUAAUCCCUGCUAUGUUGUCAGUUGUCAUGCCCUUUAUGUCGUUGCUCAAUCUCAAGGUAGCUAACUAACGAGGUUUGUUAAAAUUCAACACCCCCCCCCCCUCAAAAUUCUACUGAAAACUCAGCCGCGGGUCUAUAGAAUGGAGUGGCUUUCAAAGUUUCAAUUGUUAAGCCCAUUAUUCUGUUUUCUCCUGUGUUAUUUUAGCGGUUAUUUAAUUAUGUAAAACACCACGAGCGUAGUUGCAAUGUAUAUACAGACUGUAAGUCUCCAGUAAAUUAAAUAAACUAGAAAACAGUGUAUGUAUACGUAAGAUAUACAGUAUAUACCAGAUAAAUAGUCAUUUUCUUCAAGUAUUUCAUUGUGUUCACUUUUUAGGCCACCAGGUCAUCAUGCAGAGCAUGAUUUUAGUAUGGGAUAUUGCUACUUUAAUAACGUGGCUAUUGCUGCCAAGAUUGCACAAAAGAAGUGGAAUAUUAAACGGCAAGUAUAUAAUGUUAUAAGUAAUAUCCUAGUUACAAUAUGCUUGUGUAUUUUGCCAUGUUUUACUUUGUUUGCAACUCAGUUGAUAGUUAGUAAUUUGUCUGUUAAAUCUCCAUUCCCCCACAGAGUUUGAAAGCGUAAUUUCAAAAUUACUAGCUUGACCGUUCUGCCAUACUGUAGAGCUAAUGGGACUCAUUGAGUUUCAUUAGCUCAACUGGCAGCAUGUCAGGUUAACAGUGUAUAGUGACACGAAGGCACUGCAUACCUAAACCAGCAAAGUCAAGUUUUUUAGUUAUCCUGCUGCCAAAAGAAACAUAUAUAUGCAUACACACACAAUCACACAACAAACCGAAGUGAAAACAUAUUAACCUCCUGGCGGAUGUGACGGAUGUGAUUACCUGACGUCUUGUUCUUAGGGUGCUAAUUGUUGACUGGGAUAUCCACCAUGGCAAUGGUACACAACAUGCGUUUCAAUCUGAUCCUAGGUAUUGACCAGUUAAAUGUUGGUAUACUAUAUAUGAGUUUGUGUUUCACAUAUGUAAAACAAAAUAUAUCAUCCCGCUACUAUUGGUUGCAUAAGGUAGUGUGACACGAAUGCUGUGUUACCUUUCUAAGUAUAAUAGAAUACAAGUUUCUUGACAAAAAAUGUGAUGUGCCUGCAUAGCAGGUGGUUGUCACUGUUUUAAGGGAUUGAGGCGCUCCCUAAUUUUUCGCUGCCCGCGUCUUGUUAAAACGGCCAGUUACGCAUGGCCAAAUCAUCUUGGGCCAUGUGUAUUUAAUUUUUAUCGACUUCUCUUGGCACAUAUAGCUAAAGGAUCAUGUGAGUAAUAAAAGUGAUAAAAACCAAGAUACACUACAGCGAUAUAUAUACACCAAUACUACUAUGUUAUUUUGUUGUAUAUUUCAGUGUGCUGUAUUUCUCAAUACAUCGAUAUGAUCAUGGACGUUUCUGGCCAGAGAAAAAAUAUUCCGAUUUUGAUUUUGUCGGAAAAGAGGAAGGAGAAGGUUUCAAUAUAAAUGUGGCUUGGAAUAAGGUAUUAUACUUUAAAAUAAAAAAACAAAAUUUAUCAUAUGUGAUUAUCAUCCAGACAAUCACGUCUAGAACCGCUGUGUAAACGUCGGAAACAUAAAAGCGUUCGCGACAUUGACGCAAAUGUUGUUGCAAGAGAAUGAAUGUUAUUUAUUAUUGCACUAUAUAGUACAUUUAUGCAUGAACCCAUGUCAUCGUUCAUAUUGCAGGCCCUAUACUACUCUCCUUAACUUUUCUCAAGACGCACAUGAACGACGCAGAUUAUAUCGCUGUCUUUCAAAGAAUUUUACUACCUGUCGCAUACGAGGUAAGAACGUCAUAAAUUAUCCAUUCUCUGUGCC